AUGGGUGUUCAUCCUCUAAUCCGUAGGACUCGUACGGUCCUUCGUCGCAUGUCAGCGGAUAAGACCGAAGGGACAGAGAGUGAUAUCAUCGAGCAGAGCUCAAGCUACGGCAGCGCUGGACCGCAAGAGAAGACACCAACCCCUAACACCCAGCAUGGUGUUCAAGAUGCUGAGGCCGUGACUCUCAGUUGGUCGAAGGGCACUCUGAUCGCAGUUUUCAUCAACAUCUGGUUCUUAUACUUUGUAAAUGCGUUCCAGAUCUCUGUGACCAGCAGCUUGAAUCCAUACGUGACCAGUUCAUUCAAUGCACACUCGCUAUCUGCACUACCGACAGCCAUUGGCGAUGCAUUUGCCGCUGCGACAUAUCUUCCCAUGGCGAAACUGAUGGAUGUAUGGGGACGUGCAGAAGGCUUUUUAUUCAUGGUCAUUUGCCUGACUAUUGGGCUGGUACUUAUGGCGUCCUGCAAUGCCUUUGAGACCUACUGCGCCGCCAAUGUGUUCUACUACGUUGGCUUUUAUGGUAUGGAAUAUGCCGUCGAUGUCGUGACGGCCGAUGCUUCGAGUUUGAGGAAUCGUGCUUUUGCGUAUGCAUUCACGUCCUCUCCUUACAUUAUUACAGCCUUUGCAGGGCCAAAAGUGGCAAAGGACUUUUAUUAUCAAGUUUCUUGGCGAUGGGGCUUUGGUGCUUGGGCAAUUGCUACUCCCAUAAUUGCACUGCCUCUAUACGGUAUGCUAAAAAGACCGAGUGGCCGCACGGUACUCGAAAGCAUCCGACACUGGUCUGUUGAGUUUGACUUGUUGGGAGUGUGCAUAUUUACUGCAGGCCUUGUAUUGUUCCAGCUACCUUUUGACAUUGCCGAUUAUGCACCUGAAGGCUGGGCCUCAGACUACAUCAUCGCCAUGCUAGUUGUUGGCUUCUCAAUGCUGUUCUUUUUUGCAAUCUGGGAAAAGUGGCUUGCGCCAGUUCCUCUCUUCGAGUGGCGUCUGCUUACCAACCGCACCAUCAUAGGUGCUGUACUCCUGGACGCAACUUACCAGCUCUCAAACUACUGCUGGAGCUACUACUUCACUUCCUGGCUGCAAGUCAACAAUAACCUAACUAUCGCGACAGCAAACUACAUCAACAACAUCUUUGAUGUUGUCUCUGGCGUACUACUGCUGUUCCUCGGCUGGGUGAUCCGCCGAGUUGGCAAGUACAAGUGGACUUUAUACAUCUCCAUCCCACUUUAUAUCUUCACCCAAGGGCUCAUGAUUCAUUUCCGCAAACCCAAUAUGAGCGUCGGUUAUCAAGUGAUGUGCCAGAUUUUCCUUGCAAUUGCUGGCUCAGUUUUCAUCCUCGUUGAACAGAUUGCUAUUCUUGCUGCCGUAGAUCACCAGCAUGUUGCCACCGUAUUGGCCAUUCUGAACGUUGUUGGGACUAUUGGGAAUUCUGCUGGGUUGACCAUCAGCACAUCUAUCUGGCAACACACAUACCGGAACGCUCUUAUUCGGUAUCUUCCUGAGUCGGCCAUGUCUAACUUCAGCAGCAUCUACGAUGAUCUCAGAACGCAGAUAGGGUACCCAGUAGGCAGCCCCAUCAGGACGGCCAUCCAGAUGGCCUACGCCUAUGCUGAACUCAGACUACUUGCUGUUGGCUGCGGCAUUAUGAUGCUUGCGAUUCCUUGGUGUAUCCUUAUUAGGGAUAUCGAUUUAAAGAGGAAGAUGCAGGUCAAGGGCACUGUGCUUUGA